AUGAAUGCUAGGAAUGCUGCCUUGGCGACCAUUUGCAGUGCUGAGGAGGAAGGAUUGAAUGAUAUCGAUAAAGAACUUGAAGAGGCAGUUGAAAAAGAAAUGGGUGUUCUGCCACUUCCAAAGCAUCGUCGGAGGACAAAAUCGUUUCGUAGCCCAAAGCCAAAAGAUGACGAGAACAAUGAAAAGAAGGAGGAACCGGUUGCUAACUCGAAGGUCACCCAGGACGGAUGGACAGUUGAGGUUCGGAAGAGAAAGUCGGGCAAAUUGCAAGGCGGCGUGUACAAAGUCUUCAUAGAUCCGAAGGGUGUCAAGUUCUAUAGUAAAACCAAGGCAGAACUUGCAGGGAUGGCAAAGAGUUCAAGUCCCAAGGCCCAUCUCAAGCCAAAGGCAAAGGGCAGGGAUAAGAAGAAGCAGAAGCAGGCCUAG